AGGGAGGGAAGGAGGGAGCCAGUCUUUCUGCAACGACUCAACUCGCAGCUGGGAGCAGAGAGGACGCGUGUGGCAAGUCGCUGCAGGUGCGCACUUCCUAACCCUCGCACCGCAGCGAUGGAAGCGCUGCAGCCGGGCGGAGCUGGAGCUAGAGUUGGAGGGAUGCAGGAAGACGCGGAGGAAAAGUAUCCCGCUCUCGCCUACGACACCGCUGUCAGCACGCUGGUGGCCGUGGCCCUGUACGUGCUGGUGAAGGUGAGCCUGGACGGCUUCAGGCAGUGGCGGGCCAGCAUGUCGGUGCUGGUGGUGGGCUCGGGUCCGGCGGGGCUGGCGGCCGCGCUGGUCGCUGUCCGCUCGGGGAAGGUGCUGAAGCUGACGCUGCUGGACGAGAGGAGCCGAGCCGCGCUGCUCUGCCGGCCCCAGCAGAUCAGCCUGGACCCCCGCAGCGUCAGGUUCCUGCUGGGACUCGGAGUGGACUUUGAUAACAUGGAGGGCUGCUGGCACAACGAGCAUUUCUUCACCAGGAUCGGCGUCUUUCAGGAGUACCUGCUGAGCAUACUCGAGCAGAAGAAACACAGGGUGGACGUCCAAGUGCGGCUGGGGACCAAGUUUACAGAGGAAUACCUGCAUCGGAUUCCACACAGCGACUGGCCACGUGUGAUUGUGGUGGCUGAUGGGUCAUGUGGUGACUCCUGCUCUGUUUUGGGAAUCAGCUCCGACUAUACUGUGGAGUCCUGCCACGCCUACGGCGCUAACGCCACCAUAGAGAGAUUAGACCAGAGACAGGUGCCGACACCGGAGAUCCGUGCACACAGCCUCUACUUUGACCUGUCUGCUUAUGGAGUGGAGGCCCUGAGGGAGCACAGAACUCCAACAGCCAAGUCCGGCUUCCACCUGAAGAUCUACGGCACCCUCAGAAACCGCUACAUGGCCCUCGUCUGCCCUGCCUCUGACACCAAGAUGGUUCGCUUCCUCAGGCACACUGCAAACUCCUCCAUCAUGAAGAACAUCUUCCACCAGUCCUUCAACGCCUACAAGACGGACAUAGAGCCCCGUCUCAACGACGUGACCCUCCACCACAUGCAGUGCAGCCGGCGGCUCUUUGAGAUUCAGCUGUCGCACAGACGCGUCAGCGCCGCCUACAUCGAGGGGGACAAUGUGGCGGUCAUUGUGGAGGGUGAGGCGGCACGCGUCCUCAACUUUGACACAGGUUUCGGGGUUAAUCUGGGUAUACGUGGCCUGGAGUCAGUGGGGACUUUCAUUUACCGGACGGCCACAGCUGUGGACCAGAACGAUAUCCUGGAGGCGCUGUCAGCUAAGAUGCAGCACUCCAGGCAGGUGGCGGAGACCUUCAAGCAGACAGGUGUCAGUGAGUCCAUGUAUGAAUAAAGGAAGGAAGGGGACAAACUGGAGACUGCAUAGUGCCACCUGGUGGACACUUGCCGCUUGUUCAUCGAGUGUGAACAAAGUCUGAUGCAGAAACAGACUGAUAGUUUCAUACCAGACUGAGCCCAGUGGCCAUGAUCAGAUGAAAAAGUAACUGUACUGUAAACAUGUGAUGUACAAAGGGUGGAUCUAUGCUUAAUGAUGGGAGAAGGGACAUAAACUGCAGUCAUUUGAAAAUGUUCAGCCUUUCAAAACCAAAAAACAGACAUGCCUACGUAAUCAGAUUACAGACGUAUAUGCUGUACGCUACUAAUGUAGUAGGAAGGUGCUGAACUCAGAGAGUGUUUGGAGUAUGUGGAAACUAUAUGAUCAUGAAUAACAUCCAUCUGUAUUUUUCCUCCUGUGAUUAAGAAAGCAGCUGCUUGCUUUUGGAGCUAUUGCUGAUUGUGCAGUGCAACAUGCCACAAGUGUUGCUAGAGAGAAGUAGACUGUGCCAAUGAAUCUUAAUCUGAAUCUUGUUUUGCCAACGAUUUAACAAAGAACCCGCAUUGAAAAUCAGACAAAAUCCGGCGGCACCUGUCCCAAAGGGUUUUGUCUGAAAGAAAGACAUACAUUGUGAUAAAGUGCUUAAGUAUUUGCUACAUCAGACGAUUUUCUUGUGCUAUUUUGUUAACUAUUACUUCAAAAGGUGCACUGUGACCAUAUUAUGGGGUUUUUUUUGUUGUUUUUUUUACAUCUUGGUCCUGGUGAUGUGAAAAGUUUGAGUCUAACUUUGAGGAUGUGCCAAUUAAAAUGAUGACACAUUUGACUCUGCAA